AUGACAAGCCUUGACUCCCAAACCUCCGAGGUAGGUCUAGACAUUAAUUGUUUCUUUUGCUGUUGGCUGAAGGCGUUGUCGAGAGCAGUGACAUAGAGAUAAAGUCGCUUUCAUCUGCGUAGCGAGCGAGGAACUUGGGUUGCUUGAACGCGGGAUUUUUGUUUUGCAGGAGAAGUUAUGUUCGAGGUAUCAUUCCAAUAACACACGCUUCGAAUUUUAAUUUCUUUAGCUAAACAGAUCAUUUCAUAGAUCUUGCAUUAUGAAAUCAAUAAAUUCAUGGAUGGUAGUUGUAGGCUUCAAGUAAGCAAAAACUUCGCUUAGACAUUUGACAACUGGGCCUACAUGAUCGAGAUGAUAUCAGACCUCUUGGCCCAAAUUUGAUGUGAUUUGUAUUGGUUUCUUAUUGUGAAAUUCGUCAACGUUUGAAUUUUAGGAACUUGUCGAGUGUUUGUCUAGAGAUACGCUUUUGACCGUUUAUUUUCUCGUAGACAGAACAAGGUAUUCAAAUUAACAAGCGAGUUUCCUUGGUGGAUCUGUUUGGACUAAAGAAUAACCGUUUCCUAAUAUUUAGACUCUUGCAAAUCAUAUCCAUUUAGGAUGUGUUAAAUUUAUUUUUCCGUAUAUUUCUCAAGUUUAUUUGAUUUUACAUACUUACUAAACCGAUAUGUUGUCAAAUAUCUCUUGGUCAGGGAAGUUUGAUUUCCAUGGAUGUUUAAGGGGAGAAUUGGUUGAAGUUGUUUUAUUAAAGGUAGUAAUUGAAGCAAAAUUGAUUGAUUGGUUUUCACCUGCAAUUUGGGAAGAACUCUACAAUACCACUACAACUCUGACAGGAUUAAUCAAGGAACUGAGAGCUUAAACCUUAACUCCCAGGAUCUGAUUAUUAAUUCUCCCCUCUAGCUGCUACACAUUUCCUUGUAAAUUAGUUGCAAGAAUUUGGUGUUAAAUCAAGAUAACUUACACCUGAUGCAUUUAAGAACUCUCAUUACCUGUUUGCUGAAUAGUGGAUGGAUAUUGUAGGAAGAAGUUACAUGUGAAUCACUUCUGGGAUUUCAAGGGUUAAGGAGGGUCAUCAUUGAACACUACAUUGAUUGGUUUGAACUGUGGAUCUUAAAAGGAACACAUAUGUCUACAUUAUACAAAUGUGUCAGAUGUCCAAGCCUUCUCAGAGGUUGUCAAUUAUUUUUGAAAUGAUGAGAAACAGUUCAUUCCAUAUAACAAAAUUACAUUCACAAAUGAAAUGGAUUGCCAAAUCGAAACAGUGUUAUUGGAAGUUUAAUGAUUGCAGGUAAUAUCUUGUAGAGAAGUAUAUGCUAGUAAUAUUUGAUAGAAGCAAAAUUACAUAAAUGCUAGAACAAGAAAGAAGAGUAUUCUUCUUAUAUUUCAUCAAAUCAUGUGUCAUGAUACACAGGGAGAUUCAGAUAACAUGAACCCUGAACCAAGAGAACAAUUUAUUGUCCGUGCCCGUGGGUUGCCUUGGUCAGCAACUGCAGAUGAUGUUGCAACCUUUUUUUCAGGUGAGAAUUUAUUAGGAUUCAGUGUUUUGCUUGUAAAUUGGUAGGAAAGCUGUUGUGCAAAGGCAACUGUUUUUACAAGAAGUCAAGAAUUUAAUCAAAUUUGUAAAAUUGGAUUAGUUUUCCUUCAUGCUGAUGGCGUAAAACUAAGCCAACAUAUUUUUUGUAGGGUGUAACAUUAGAGAUGGCCCAAAGAAUGGCAUUCACUUCACUUACAGUUCUGAUGGACGUCCAAGUGGUGAAUGUUUUGUAGAGCUUGUAUCUCUUGAAGAUAUGGAAAAGUAAGUGGGGGAAAAAAAAUAGAAAGAAUAGUGUAAGCUGUACUUUUUGAAUUGGGUUUAUCUGAUGGGAUUCUAUUCUAACAAUAGUUGGCAAUAAGAAAUGCCAUGGAAUGGUCAAUUUGUUUUGAAAUGCUGCAUCAAGUCCUCGCUUUUAUUCCCCCAAAAAUGAAAGUCCUAAGUUAAUUAUGGAUGCAAUUUCUGAAAACUCAUUUAUAAUGAGUGUUCUACCAGAUUUGAAAAAAGGGAGCUCAGUAUGGCACCAAUAACUAUGAGACUCACGAUCUGUUCAGUGUAAUUGGCCUUGGUCAAAUUGAUCUUUUCUUGGCAAAGUUUGGAUGUUAAGGAACAGGAAAGCUAUUAGUGUGAAAUACUUGUAGUGCUAGAUGUGUUUGAAAUGCAGAGUUGUCAUAGGCAAUCACUAAAUUUGAUCUGAUUGAAACUUUUUUCCCUCCUUCCACAGAGCUUUGAGCAAGCGUAACGACUUUAUCGGCAAGAGGUAUGUUGAAGUGUUUGAGUGUAAGAAUGGUGAAAUGGAGUUCACCUGCAAGAGAAUGGGACAACCACCUGAUCAAGGACAUGAAACUGUUUUGCGACUUAGAGGACUGCCAUAUAACUGUUCCAAAGAGGAGAUUGCCCACUUCUUUUCAGGUAUAAAUACUUUUCUUCUUCAGUUAUUAAUAUUGCUUAUGAUGUUUUGUUCAUUCUUGUGGUCACAUUGGGUUGUACCUAAAUGUUACCACACCAGCUAGUCCUGUUUCUGAGGGUCUGCCAGAGUGACUGGAAAUUCAAAUUAAUUAAAUAUUUUGAUUGUCUAUAGAAUGUGUCCUGGAGGGAAACAUUUUUUAUGGUUUUACAAUGUCAUUCACCAGGAAAAGCAUCAUAUGAAGGGCUUUUAAGGUUAAGGAAUACAGAAUAAGUUUUCUUGUGAUGCUGUUGAAGAGCUUGAGAACUUAAAAUGUUUCAAAUUGGUUUUCUAUCAUUAUUUUAGGUUGAUGCAAUGAACCCCAACCCUAACCUUAAGCAAUUGUAAAUUUUUUUCUCUUCAUACAUCAUUAAUGAAUUUUUAACAAUGAUUUUAAGCAGUGUGUUUCAGAACUGUUUGGGUCCACAAAUUAUAUGUUCGACCAUUAACUAUUCAAGGACCUGAUAUGGCCAAACAUUUUCUGAAAACAAUUCCCUUGAUGUACAUGCUGAAUCAUUUUUAAUGAGUUGUUGAACUGAAUUUGACACCCAAUGUGACCACUGUGUCAAAGUAGUAUUUUUAGUUCGUAUUUCAAGCAAGGUGUAGUAUAUAUAUUUGAACCCUCUGCUCUAAAGUUUGUAAUAAUUUUUUAGUAGACUGUGGUGGGAUUGUGUGAUUAAAUUUUGUUGUUUUCUAAAAAAAAUGCAAGUUGUUGUCAUCAUAAUCAUGCUACAGAACCAGAAAAGUAACCAGCCAGUGAAUAUUAUAUAUAUAUAACUUUAUGAACGCAUGGAAGAAUAAUUCAGAAAAACUAAUGUGCAUGUUGAAAUUAAGGUCCAGUUAGCUUGCUUUUUACAUCCCUUUUUUUAUCAUGCCUUUCAAUUUGGAAAUAUAGUGGUGGAAGCAGACAUUUUUUGUAAUCUGUCUCAGUGCUUUUGGGAAGGGGGAUUAAUAUUGGAUUAAAUAUUCACAUAUAUGAAUUGCUCAAGUUUGUUUGAGUAUCCUUGUAUCAGAAUUGCUUGACAAAGUUUUGUAUUUUACCAUCCUUUGAAUAAAACAAAGCUUGCCAUCGUCUGCUUUCAUCAAAAAUCAUUCCCCAGUUGCCUAUAGUAACCCUUGCACUAAUAAGUGGGUGUAUGUAAUAGUUGUUGGUUUACAUGCUUUGCUCUCUACUGGAAUUCAAAGGGCUGGAGAUAGUUCCCAAUGGGAUAACAAUCACUCUUGACGAGGACGGGAAGACCACGGGGGAUGCUUUUGUGGAAUUUGCUUCUCCUGAUAUAGCUCAGCAGGCUCUGAAAAAAAACAAAGAAACAAUAGGGCACAGGUGGGGAUAGUUAUGGUGCGGAGGGUCUGAAUGUGACCAUGGGCACAACUCUAUAUUUACUGUUAUUCUGGUUGGUUGGUUGGUUUUGUACAGUACUUAUAUGUUACAUGUAUGUGUUUCACAGUGCAAAUUUAUUUCUUUAAUUUAUAUAGAGUCGAUUUUUUUAAUUUGUUGCACCCAAGAGUCAUUAAUGUGAUAUAGUGCUGUACAGCAUUCUCUGACAGUAGACCAUUUGGCUGUCUCUAACAAAUAUAUCUCACCAAAUUGCACUGUGAAACAUAGUUAGGUAGGUAUUCUGAUCUGUAUUCUGUGUGUGUUGUUUAAGAAUUUCACAAAUCAAGACUGAUAACUAUGCUUAUAGUAUGUUGCUUUUGUUGUUCUUUUUUGUUGUUGUUUUUUUUUUUUGUUUUUUGUUUGUCUUUUUUUUACCUUAGACUAUGUGUGUAACUUGAAUCAUGCUAUUGCUAUGAAAUUAAAUUUUGAGUACUCAAGAUUUAAACAUUAGGAAAUGUUAAUGCUUUAAGUUGAAGACCACAGACACUUUAUUGAGGACCAAAAGACUUUUUCAAGUCCCAUAUUUUGUGUAUGUUUAAUCAGUCAGCUUUUUGUUGAGGGUUAUCAGGAUAAAUCCAUAAUUAUCUGCCUUUGCUCUCUGGAUAAUUUUAAGUGUGAUUCAAAAUUUUUGUUCUUUUAAAGUGUUUCUAAAUUGUAGCUUGAUUUCAGCAAGUUUAUGGUUAUUUUUUCUUUUUGUAAUGAAUGUUACAAACAUGUAUGUGUGGUGCAGACUUAAGGAUAUCCAAUUGUGAUGCACACAUUUUCAAACUCCCUCAGUCUAAUUUCUGUGUGUUACUACUUUCAGAAUUUACUGACUUGUAGCAUAAUCACCAUGUACAUUUGUGUAACACUAGGCCAUUUCAGCAAAAUUUCCUAACUACCCUCAAAAUGCUAUUUAACUAUUGCAUAUCAUCAGAAUAACACAUUUUAAAAUCAUGUUCAUAUCUAUUUGCAUUUUUAUUUCUGUUUUUCAUUGUACUUUGUUCUCGCUUGAGAGGCCACGAAGUGUGUUUUCAAUUUGUUGUUGAGAAAUCAAAUGUAAUGCAAUGAGACAUCAUCGUACUUUGGACCUUGUGGUUUCCUCAUUAAAACCCCCUGAAAAUUCAUGGAAACACCCUGCAAACAACCAGGGGAGGUUACAAAGUCUUCCAGUACGGUUUUGAAUAAGAAACCAAAGCAAGAUUGCUCAAAAUAUGGCCUGACUUGGUUCGUGUUUGAUUCCUUUUGCGUGUAUAAUUCAAUUGCUGUGCUUUGAAUUACACAAGGCAAGACAACAAGAAUGUUUUUGAAAAGAGUUAUACUCAUUUGUGCAACGUCUGAUACCCAGAACUCUAAGUUUUUUCAGCAAAAUAGUAGCAUUGGUGAAUGAACUUUCAUGUUACAAUGUUUGAAUUGUCAAGAUUCGGCAGCAGCCAAGAUAUGAAUUGAAGUGUAUGUAUGAAACGCUGAAUUUCAAUCCAUUGUUUUGCAUAAUAAAUGUGUUUUCGAAAUAAUAAACUGCCCAUUACUCGGCUGCUUUUGAGCUUUAAUGGCAUAUUAUUGGACAAUCGGUACUGACGAUGAUGUACUUUUCUUUGAACUAGCUAAUCUCUUAACUAGACUUUCAUUUAUAUUUACAAAUUCACUCAGUUUUAUUGUGUGGUACUUGAAAGGAGGGGUGCAUACAUAUUCCCACAACACAAACCCAGCCACGAUAUUUUCGCCUUGCUACCUCAAAAAUUAACAGUUUAGACUGAAAUUUUGGCAAAAACAAGGUAAAACAAAUACCUUCAAGUGGGUAUGAUUUUACUUAUUCAAUGGAAUAUUGCGAUAAACAUAUUUUACUUUUUCUAGCAAUAUAUGCAAAUGAAAUGUUACUCAUUACAUGCAUAUUUGAGGGAAAUUUGCCCUAUUUUUUAGGAAUACCUCACUUUUAAUUUAUAGGAAUUUUUUUUUUCAGGUGAUACCUAAUAAUUAAACAUCUUUACAUCUAACUGCAAAGUUAUAUUUUAAUCCAUUCAAUAUUUUAGCGCAGAGUAGAAAUUUUACUUGAGUGACCUCAAAUGUACAUGGUGAUUGUGCUACAGGUCACCAUCCAUACUUGAUGUAGCAUUUUAUCAGUUUUGUGUGAUAUUGGGCCUUGUAGUAUAGCGCCUUUUAUUUCCUGAAUAUUCUAAUGAUUUUGUUAGAACUGAGUUGCAUGUUCACAAAUUUUCAACUGCUUUUAUCUCCAUCUUUAUAAUGUAAACAGAUUAGUUAUUGCUGUGAAUCAAAGGCCACUUGACUGUUCAAAUAAAAUAUCAUAAAGGGUCAGCGAUAAAAAUGCAUUACACAGCCAUUUUUAAAUUGUUUGAAAAGAGAUGUUGUUAGUUAGCCUAAACUCGUUCUAUUUUCACUGUAUGACUGGUUAACUAGUUAAAUUUUACCUACAAUGAUUGGUUAAAUUGUAAGGAAAAUUCUCUUUCAUGUGCUUACAUCUGUUGGUGUACAUGUAGUUACUAUUAUUUCUCAUGUAUUCCAUGCACCCAAAUGAACAUGCUCUAAUUUACAUAUGCUUAACUCUUUUUUUUUAGAUACAUUGAGAUAUUUAAGAGCAAAAAAACAGAUAUCAAAUACGUUUCUGCCCCAAAACUUAAACCUUUGAUGUCAACCAGACCUGGACCCUAUGACCGAUCCGGAGGUUUUGGUGGAGGAAGAGGACGAUUUGGUGGAGGUGGAAAUGAAAGAAGGUAAUGCUGAUAACCUCAAAUGUUGCAGUUUUUAUUAAUGUACAUUGUAAGAUUGUCAAAGCUCCAUAUAAUAUGAUGCCAGUCAAAGUUCUCUUGCACUAAAUCAAGAAGUAUAGCCUCAGGGAUUCCCUGAGGACUCCAGUAAUUCUUUCCACUUUUUUGUGUAGUGCAAGCUAUUUAAUUGGUGUCUCUCUCCACUUAUCCUUGUAAUAUGCCAUUUAUCUCCUAUUCCCCCUCUCCCUCUUUGAGAUUACCAUUAAUAAGUUAGUGGCAGCCACUUGCAGGCUAUCUAUUAGUUAUCUUCUGCAAUCAGUGGCUGUUUGGAAUGAUUUUUCAGGAACUUUCUUCUUACUUGUCUUUCUGAGGCAAAUGUAAUACAGGAAAAGUAUUCAUUUCCACAAAAAGAUUUACCAAUUGAUGUUUUAAACACAUUCAAAGUCACUACUAGCAUUACUCAUCUCUUAUUUCAAAGGAAUUGCAGGAGUGACCAAAAAAAAAGGAAUUUCUCCUUGCAGUCUUGAUAUAUUUUCAAGCAGAAAAGUUAAGAGAAGUAAGAAAAAUUUGAGUAAGAAAAAUUUGGGGAUGUCCAUUGAUUUCAGACCAAAUUUGUAGAUUUUAAGUUGUAAGAAAUGUACAGUAAACAAUGAGGACAACUAAUGAAUAGAUAUUGGGAGGUAAAAGGUGAAAAGAAGUUCCUUACCAAACAGAUACAGGGGAAGAGGUAACCUUGGAGGUCCAGUCUUUGGUGGCGGCUAUGGUGGUGACUUUAAUGGAUAUGGAGGUGGACGUGGGGGAGGUGGUCGAAGUGGCCGUGGUGGCAGAGGAUCAUCUGGCAGGGGUGGAUUUCGUCAUGGAAGGGGUGGUGGAGGAGGUGGUAACUUUGGAAUGAUGUCAAGCACUGGUCACACUGUUCACAUGCGAGGACUACCAUAUGCUGCCAAGGAGAGUGAUGUUAAACAAUUCUUCAUGCCUCUUAACCCUGUCAGUGUAUGGAUGGAAUAUGAUAAUGGUUCUUUCAAUGGGCAAGUGGAUGUGGACUUUGCAACACAUGAGGAUGCUCAAGCAGCUAUGCUAAAAAACAAAUCAUCAAUGGGUAGGAAGGUUCAUCUUCUUCUAAUUAUCGAAGUAAUAAUCUCUAUGGUUAUUGUUGUCUUCUUAUUGUUAGUUGAACUGUGUAGUGACAAAAUUAUGAUACUAAGGUUUUAAAGUAACAUCAUAUUUAUACUUUUUCACCUUGGUCACCAUUACAAUAUGGAAAUAAGUGCUUACAGACAUUCAAGAAAAUGGAAUAAUUUUGAUUCUCAUAAUUCACAUUUGUGCCUUGUUUUCAGGUCAUCGUUACAUAGAACUGUUCUUGCGAUCCAAUCCUGAGAGUGGAAAUAGCCAGGGGUGGGGUGGCUCAGGAGGAGGACACAACUUUAGUGGUGGACAUGGUGGUGGAGGUAGUAAUUACAGUUAUUUGGUUUGCAUACAUAAUUUUACCCUUUUGAUAUUUACAUCAAUGGAUAGUGUCCUUAGUGUUCUCUAUACACCUCUUAUUUUAUUGACAAGGAGAAUAUGUGCAAUAAUCAAAAGCUUCUUUAAUUGAAAAUAACUUCCUAUAUUCUCAAAGCCUUUUUUUUAUUUGGCAGUGAUACUUUAAGGAUUAAUUAACUUUUAGUCACUCCAGGGGGUUGAAGAGUAAGUGUAUGUAUGUGCUAGAGUAGCAAUAGAUAUCCCUGGUCAUUUUUUGUGGAAUACAAGGAUAGAAUGCUAGACAAAAAUCCAGAAAUGCAUUUCAAACAAGUCUACAUUCAGGCAGUGGGGGCAACUAGUCUGAAAGGCAGACAUGACCUUUUUAGAGCAUCAUCCUCUAUCAUUCUAUUAUUAUAAAGGGUAUUAUAUUUGAGCUAUUAAACUGUUUGUUCAAACUAACUCUUCUAUCUUGUCAACAGGUGGUAACUUCAGAGGAGAUAACUUUGGAGGAGGGAAUUUCAGUGGUGGUGGGGGAAACUUCAAUGAUGGUGGCAACUUUAACAACUUUGGUGGUGGUGGAGGUGGUGGAAAUAAUUUUAACAACCAAGGUAAUAUGGGAGGAUUUGGUGGCCAAGGAAACCAGAACACUGGCUUCAACAACCAGCAGCAGCAACAGCAAGGUGGCUUUGGUAAUCAGAUGCAAGGUGGUGGUGGUGGGAAUUUUGGAAACCAAGGCAACACCUUUGGUAACACUGCUUCAGCUGGGUUUGGUUCCGCCCCUAGUGGUGGAAACUUCACCUCACAGUCUAACUAUGGGCAGAGUACUAACUAUGGUGCUUCAGGUUACGGAGGGCAGAUGUCAUCAGCUAUGAACACAGGGAUGAACACAGCAAUGAACACUGGCAUGAACACAGGGAUGAAUACAGCCAUGAACUCAGCAAUGAACACGGCCAGUUAUGCAACUCAGGCAGCCUUUAGCAAUCCCGCUCAACAGAACACUCCUUUUAAUCAGCAACAGCAGCAGCAGCAACAACAGCAACAACAACAGACAGCAUAUACAGACAGCUCAGCAUAUGGGGCAUCAGCUGGAGGAUCAUUCUUUGGUGGCAUGCAGACACAAAUUAAGCAGGAGCCCCAAGCCACAGCCAACCCAGGCAUGGUGUCUUAUCCUGGAUAUCAGUGAUUUGUUUUACCUGCUAUGACAUACAAAGGACAAGUGUUUAUGUAACCCUUUUAUCAUCUGCUCCAGAGGAACAAUUUUAAGGAGGCAGCAUAGGGCAUGUGUUAGAUACCUGUGUAUUAUAUUACAAGUAACAAAACAAGAUUAAGUUGCUGUUGCUUUUAGUUGUUAUUCAUUGAUUUUCGUAUCAUGAACAUUGUCUGGUU